CUAUAACUGACGUUUGACAAUUGCCUUUAAUAUAUAAUUCGUAACGAUUUAAUUCCCAAAGAAAAAUGACUUCGAUUCUGCGAAAAGCUGCUAUUUCUUUCUUAAAAACAAAUGCGCGUGCUUCUUCGCAUGCUGCUACUGCUGGUGGGCAUGGAGGUGGCUACAUAUUAUGGAAAAGGAUGUCUUUCUUCGUGGCAUUCCCAGCUAUUGCCCUCGGAAUGCUAAAUGCCUACUUAGCUCACCAAGAGGAACACCAUGAACGUCCGCCAUUUGUACCUUAUGAAUACAUGCGCAUUCGUACAAAGCGUUUCCCAUGGGGUGAUGGACAGAAGUCCCUUUUCCACAACCCUCAUGUGAAUGCCCUUCCCAGCGGUUAUGAAGAUGACCACUAAAUUACAAUAAUUUUGUUUUAGAAAGUUAGUCUGCAAAACAUUCAUAUAUUUUAAGUUAUUAAAAGUUUAAAAAAUAGCAAUUUUUUUUCUACGUUUUAUUGGAUUAAAAUUUCACUUUGUUAUUCACUAUAAUAAAUAAAAAUGUCACAUUCUUUUUAAACAUAACAUGUAAUUAAGAUGAAGUAGUAAUAAAAUAUGUGGGAAAAUAAAA